GACAAUGCCUUUCGCCACCCAUGAGAAGAGAUCGAGACUGUGUGAUGGACGCAGCGAAGCAACCGAGGCGCGGAGCUGCCGUCGAUCACGCCUUCAUCCGAUUCCUCCUCCCCGUCUCCGUCCUCUUCUUGGUCCUCUCUUAUUGCCACUCCUGCGACGUCCGUCUCCUUUCCGUCCAAUUCACCUCGACCCUUCUCCAUGACCUCGACCACUUCAUCAGCAGGAAGGCCAUGCUCCUCUUCUGCAACGCCCUCCUCUUGCUCGUCACCAGGGACUCCGGCCUGCUCGGCUUCUUCGCCCCCACCACCAACAACUCCGACGAGGAAUCCGACCACAAACAGCUCCGACUUGAUCGUGGCGACCCCGAGACGGAAUCUGCUACGGUUAAACCGUGCCCUGUGGAGGAGAAGGCGGCGGUGACAAGCGGCCCCGAAACCAAAGGGUGCGAGGUGGAAGAGAAGGCUGAAGCGGGAGGUGAUGCAUCUCUUGAAUCGGUUGCGGUGGAGGGAAUGGACACGGAGAGGGUUGAUGAGGAUGAGACGGAGGACGAGAACAUAGAUGAGUUGAACAGGAAGUUCGAGGCGUUCAUAGAGCGGGUGAAGAACGAGAGAAGAAUGGAGGCUCGUCAGCUUGUUGUGGUCUGAGAUUGCAGAAGCUUCAUGCAUUCUCUGGAAACAGUUUUCUCUUCUCUUUUCUUUCGUGCUCCGUCUCUUCUCUCUCUCUCUCUCGCGAUCAGAGUUGAGAUGUACAUUAAACCUUAGUGGAUCGGCACAAUGAUUCGAUGAUCUUGGAA